UCGUUCGCUUCAGGUUCCAUUACCAUCGCAACCGGCUGGCGACUGUCAAACCCGCUCUUGCUGCCUGCAGGCCUCCGCGACAGGGAAAGCCGGGACUCCGCUCGGCCAGGCGAACGCAGCGGGCUGCAAGAGUAGCAGACCGCUGGCUUCUUCCGCUCUUUGCAAGACUUCAGGGUCAGCUGGCGCGCGGAGAAAGAGGAGAAGGAGAGUCUACCGCGCCGGGGACCUGACGCUUCGCCUGGCGGCCAGGAGAGGUCGCAAGACGCGGGGAGACGGGCGGAGACGCCCGUGGUGGGGACGGGGACGCGAGGAGCCCAGCCAUGGGCAACUCAGCGCGGAAGGGCAGAGUUGCCCAGCAAGCGCCCGCGGCCAGAGCCGGCGCGCAGCCUGAGCAGCGGGCCAGCGCCACGCCCUUGGAAGUCAUAUGCAGAUGCUGUCGAGAAACCCUUUGCAUAGAGAGCAUUCAACCUUUCCACCAUGGUGCAAAGCAGAGAGAAUACACCAGUAUCAAUGAAGAAUCAACCACAGUAGAUGCUACUCAGAAGGCAUUCCAAAUUCAUGGCAAAGGAAAAAAUGUGGAGGCUGCUAUUAAUAGUAAGGACUGGAAAUUAGCGGUCCAGACACUCAUAGAUGAAAACAGUGUUAUGAUUUUCAGCAAUACAACCUGCAAAUUCUGUGCCAAGGUGAAGGAUCUGUUCAGGUCCAUGGAUGUUCCUUAUUUCGCUCUUGAACUUGACCAAACUGGAGAUCUAGUAGAGCAGGCACACUCCAGGUCUCUUCUAUCCAACAGUGUCAUCUCCUUGGACCUUGGAGUUGUUUAUUCUCAGUGGCAGCACCUGCCUUAUGGAACAGCAUCCCUGUGGAGAUUCGAAUGGCCUCAACCUUGUUAGCCUUUUUAAGGUGCUGAAGACCUGGCUGUUUCUACUUACACAUAUUUUUAUAUUAAAACACCAUUCCAGAAAGAUACCAGAUGACCACGUGACCAUAUCAUAUGUUCAAUAAACCCUCAAAUAUCUUAAAGCAUGAAAAAAGAUCUGAUGUCCAUCCAUUCAAGUACAUUAUUUGGGGAGUCCAGUACACUCUAAAUUCAAUUUUUGGUUAAUCAAUCUUAAUUGCAAAUCUCUUGAAACCAUUUUAACAUAGUUAAACCCAUGAAGCCAUUGAUAGGGCAUUAUUGGAGACUCCAGUUCUUUAGUCCAUACCUGUAAUGUUCCAGAAAUGUCCACUUUAACAAAAUUCUUGAGCUUUUGAUAGAAAUAUGUUAUGGGUUUUACUUCUGUCAUAGAUUCCAUCAAAUAAGAGAGGAUCUUAUACUAUCUCUGGU